GUUUCCACAUUUGCUUCUGAAAUAGGGGAAUAUGUUCAGACAAAUUCGUAAAUAAUGGAGUACAACGUGAGCAAAGUGUGGGGUCAUGCACUUCAGACUUUUGAAUUUUCUCCCCAUUUAGAAAAUAGUCCAUGCCUCUACUCUUCCUACCAAAGAGACUUGGGAGUUCUAGUCCAGAAUAUUGAAUGACAGCUCAAUGAGCAAGAUUAUCAACAUGACCAAGAAAAACAUCCAACUAUCAGAGUGAAAUCAUUGGAAAGAAAGGCUGCUUGAGCAGACGGUGCACAUUCCUGGCUUUUUGCAGGUCACCCAGGCCUAGGCAAGCAAUAUGUUCACAACAGGGAGAAAUGGUACCUGUGUGUGCAUGGAUAGGACUUCAGCUGAACAUUCAACUGGAAAGACACAAGGAUUCUCACACCAAAGAGAAACCAUGGAAAUCUGCAGACUGUGAAAGGGAUUCACUUGGUGAGUCAGUCUGCAGAUAUACCAGUGAGUUGCCAGUGGGGAGAUGCCAUUCACUAUUGUGGGAAGAAAUUAAAUUCAGUCAUCCCAAGCACUGAUACAUCCGUGCAUUCAUAUUGGAGAGAGGCCAUUCCCUGGAUCCUCUGAUGCACUAAAACGCCAAUGAUAUGCACUAAGGAGGGAUCACCAGGUCAUGGACUGUCAGUUAAUUUCACGGGAUAUCGGAAGGGGAGGAUAUGCAGACAGAGACUUCAAACUGAACAUCACAUUACAUCAGGAUCUGGCAGAGUCGCUCAACUUAUCACAAAGUAUCAUAGCGUUUUGAACAUGGAAGGAAGUAGUGCCAUUAACAUUGGGGAGAAACCGUACAUUUGUGCUGUAUGCGGACGAGGCUUCAGCCAAUCAUCUGGUUUGUCAAGACACAAAUGCAGUCACACUGGGGAGAAACCAUGGAAAUGUGUGGACUGUGGAAUGGGAUUCAACUACCAGUCGAAGUUGGAAACUCACCGGCGCAGUCACACAGGGGAGAGGCCAUUUGCCUGCCCUGAGUGUGGAAGGGGAUUUACUCAAUUGUCUACCCUGCUGACGCACCAGAGAGUACACACUGGGGAGCGACCGUUCACCUGCUCCAUGUGUGGAAAGGGGUUCAUUAAUUCAACCAACCUGCUAACACAUCAGCGGGUUCAUACUGGAGAGAGGCCAUUCACCUGCUCCGAAUGUGGGAAAGGAUUCACUCGGUCAUCCGACCUGCUGACACACCAAAGAACCCACACUGGAGAGAGACCAUUCACCUGCCUUGAGUGUGGGAAAGGAUUCACUUUGUCAUCAGAUUUGCUGACACACCAGCGAUCUCACACUGGGGAGAGGCCGUUUGCAUGUCCUGAGUGUGGGAAGGGAUUUGCUCGGUCAUCCCAUCUGCUGAGACAUCAACAAGUUCACACUGACAAGAGACCUUUCAAAUGCCCAGUUUGUGGGAAGUGCUAUAAAAGCUCUGGAGACCUGGUGUCCCAUCAACAUGUUCACUCUGACGAGAGACCGUUCAGGUGCUCUCACUGUGGGUUUGGAUUCUUGAGGUCAUCUGACCUCCUUGCACAUCAGCGAAUUCACACUGGGGAGAGGCCAUUCACCUGCUCAGAAUGUGGGAAGACAUUUACUCAAUCAUCUAACAUGAUGCGACACCAGCGAGCACACAAUGGGGAAAGAGCCAUUCACCUGUUGCGAGUGUGGGAAAGGCUUCAUUCAAAUGUCCAACCUACUGACACAGCGGUGACUCCAUAGUUGGGGAGGACCCUCUAGAUACGCAGUCUGUCAGAAUUGCUGUUAAAUCUUCAGCACAUCCACACUGACCCAGAGACUCUGCACAUAUCCUCCAUGCAAGGCUGAAUUCAGGAAAUCAUCUCAACUCAGCAUGCACCAUUAACUUCACAGUGAAGGAGGCUGUUUUCCUGCUCCAGGUGAUGAUAGGAACUUGUUUAUUUAUUCCCACGACAGUUAUUGGAUUUUUCUGUUAAGUAUACCCUGAACAUGACCAUUUUUAU